AUGCUGCCAGCUUCGCAAAUCGCCUCGCCUCGCGCCAGGCUUCUCCUCGCCCGCGGUGCUCUGGCUUCUGCGCAAUCAAGUACCAGCCAGCAGUGCCGACAAUUCUGCGGCUUCGAUCUUGGACGCCAGCGCCAGCGCGUCUACGCCUUGAAAUAUAUGGUUAACCGACACCUGUCCCCGGAGAACCCCAAGGCAGGGAGCACCAAAUCAGCCGCCUCUCCUUCUGGAAAGUACACCAGAGUAAAGGACAUCAAGUCGUGGUCGGAUGACUUGUCUGGGGCCCGUCCCGGUCGCAACAUCGAGGAUGUCGAGCGGGAGGCCAUCAACCAUCUGUUCAACAAGGAGGAUAGCGUAUGGACAUUGCUGCAGAAUCUCCGACAGCAAAUGCAUCCACACCGCAGUUCCGGCAAAGUCACAGCCGAGAACGUUUUGAAAGCCACUACAGGCGACAGCCUCAGCUUCAUCGACCCCAUUACCAACCGCAAGGUGACUCGCGGCGAGCAUGGCAAGUACUCGGCCACAGGCUUCGAUGACCCGAAUGCACCUCGAAAAUUGACUCCUGAAGAGGAGUCGAAGCAGUACACAGAUCUCGGCGACUACAAGCCCGCUAAAUGGAACGAGCCCGAUGGUCUACCCCAAUUGACCCCCGAGGAGCGAUCCAAGCUAUACGAGGACUUGCCUGAGUACUCCAAGAUGAAGAUUGACGAUCCAAACGCACCACGAAAGCUGACCCCUGAAGAAGAGUCAAAGAACUACGACGAUUUGGACCAGUACAAGCCCGUGACGUGGAACGAGCCAGAUGGCCUCCCACAGCUUACACCCGAAGAACAGUCCAAGCUUUACGAAGAUCUUGACAAGUAUGGCCCCGUUAGGUGGCAUGAGCCUGACGGACUGCAAGAGAGAAGCCAGGAAGAAAAGUCCAAGGAUUACAAAGACCUGCACAAAUAUGGCCCCGUCACCUGGGACGAGCCAAAUGGCCUUCGUCGCUUGACUCCAGAGGAAAAGUCGAAAAACUACACAGAUCUGCAUGCGUACGGCAACCCCUUUACCUGCCGGGAAUCUGUGCUCAAGGACUACGAGGCCAUUGAGAACGACCCCACGCCAAAGGCAGAGCCAAUUGCUGCCAAGGUUGAGGUGCGUGAUUGUAAGCCAGAGCAAUAUGAUGACCUGGACAAGUACGGACCUGUUCGUUGGAAUGAGCCCGAUGGCCUCCGCCCAUUGACUCCUGAGGAGCUUUCUAAAAACUACGAGGACCUCAACCGGUACGCGCAAUAUCCCAAUGCUGGCCCUGCGGUUCCGCGAAUUCACCCAGAAGAGGCAUCCAAGGCGUACCGAGACUUGCCCCAAUACUCUGCAUUCCCCAAUGCAGGGCCGGCAGUAGAGAGAAUCCAUCCGGAAGAAGCCUCCAAGGUCUACAAGGACCUUCCUGGCUAUGCCAUUGACGGAUACGAAGAACCAGACAAGAUUCGCCACAUCCACCCCGAGGAGUUGACAAAGAAUUACACUGAUUUGAACGCAUAUGAGCCUCAGGCCUUUGACUCUCCUGAUACGCCUUACCCUAUGCACCCUGAGGAAGCGUCCAAGGCGUACAAGGAUCUCCAUGGUUACAAGGCAGCCCCUCCAGAUGUGGAGAGCGAGCUGGAGACGUUGACGGCGGAUGAGAUUCGAAGCCAGGUGUUGAGCAGGGCCAACGUGGGUGCUAAAGAGGUGGCAGUAGAAAAAGAUGAGGCAGAGAUGGAACUGAGUUCUAUGGAUGAGAGUUUUCCCAGUGAGUUGUCAAAAUCCGAAGCCGAACCGAUCGAACGCAUCACCGGUAGACUGGCCCAGUUACGCGCCGAGAAGGACCCCUACUCUAACGAUCCAAAGGGACUAGAAACUAGCUAUUCGGAGGAGUGUGGCAGUGAGGCGGCGGCGGCGGCCGUAGUCAAGCACUACGAGUCCUCGCCAGCCUCUGCCGCAGCGGUAACAGAUGAGCCAACCAUGUACAAGAUCCUCGCCUUCGACAAGUCAACCGAAUCUGUUAGCGUUGCCGAGACCACAUCCGACGAUCAUGACGUUUCUACUCCCGCAAAACUGACGGACGUGUUGCUGCAACUGUCGCACCCGUCCAAAUUUCUCCCUUACUUUAAACCACUACAGGAGCGCGGCUACGAUAUCCAAUCAGGCGGCGGCGACGUGCUUAUUUUCCGCAAGAACCGGCCUGCUUCCCCCAACGCCAGCGAUCUUCCUUCCGACCCGGUGCCCAGCAACACAAACCCCACGCGCAUCAAUCCCGUUGAUAUGAUGGGGCAGUCGGUGACGGGCAAGUUUGCCAGCCCUACUGGAUUCGUUAACUACGACGACAGUCUUGAGGAUUACCACAAGAAGCGAGCUCCACCUUAUAGCAGCACUAAUACACAAAAGAGCGCUCCCGAGCGGCCAGUAGCUCCCGAGAAGAAGAAGAGGAGCUUUGGCAAGAAGCUUGUGAUGGGCACUGUGUGGGUAGGAGGAGCAGCGUAUGCUGUUGGGGCUGUCGCAGAGCACCUUUCGGCCAAAUAA